GCGGGCGAUGGAGAGCAGAUCGGUCGCCUGGGCCACCUUCACACUGCUGCCCUACUGCCCAGAAGCCUGCAGCUCGGCCAGAACGGGGCCCAGGCUGGACCCCAUCCCACACGCACACCCUCACAGGCACCUGCACCCUGGCGCCUCCCUAAGGGCCCCUGUGCCAAGAAACUGGGCCACCAGGCUGGCCCCCAAGUGGAGGCUACAUUCGCUGUCGCUGGACACUGAGGAUACCUGUGGCCACCCCACUAUGCUCUUGGCCACCACCACCUCCGUGCCUGGGCCCCUCCCCCUGCUCAGCAACAGCAGCCAGGAGCAGCCCCUGGAUGCCCGGGAUCCGCUGCUAGCAAGGGCCGAGUUGGCCCUUUUGUCCACUGUCUUUGUGGCCGUGGCUGUGGGCAACGGCCUGGUUCUGGGGGCCUUGGUCAGGAGGGGCCGGCACGGACGCUGGGCUCCCAUGCACGUCUUCAUUGGCCACUUGUGCCUGGCUGACCUGGCAGUGGCUCUGUUUCAAGUGCUGCCCCAGCUGGCCUGGGACGCCACUGACCGCUUCCGAGGGCCUGAUGCCCUGUGCCGGGCUGUCAAGUACCUGCAGAUGGUGGGCAUGUACGCGUCCUCCUACAUGAUCCUUGCCAUGACGCUCGACCGUCAUCGUGCCAUCUGCCGCCCCAUGCUGGCCUACCGCCACGGGGGCGGAGCUCGCUGGAACAAGCCGGUGCUGGUGGCCUGGGCCUUCUCACUGCUUCUCAGCCUGCCACAGCUCUUCAUCUUUGCCCGGCGUGAUGUGGGGGACGGCAGUGGGGUCUUUGACUGCUGGGCACACUUCGCAGAGCCCUGGGGCCUCCGUGCCUACGUCACCUGGAUCACCCUGAUGGUGUUUGUGGCGCCAGCCCUAGGCAUCGCUGCCUGUCAAGUUCUCAUCUUCCGGGAGAUCCAUGCCAGUCUGGUGCCUGAGCCAUCCGAGAGGGGGUGCCGCAGAGGGCACCGGAUGGGCAGUGCCAGAGGAGGCACACGUGUGUCAGCAGCCAUGGCCAAGACCGUGAGGAUGACGCUGGUGAUUGUGAUCGUCUACGUGCUGUGCUGGGCGCCCUUCUUCCUCGUGCAGCUGUGGGCAGCGUGGGACCCCCAGGCACCUCGGGAAAGUGGCCCCCCUUCGUGCUGCUCAUGCUGCUGGCCAGCCUCAACAGCUGCACCAACCCCUGGAUCUACGCAUCCUUCAGCAGCAGUGUGUCAUCAGAGCUGCGCGGCUUACUCUGCUGUGUCCGGGGCCGUGCCCCAUCUGGCCUGGGACCCCAAGAUGAGUCCUGUGCCACUGCCAGCUCCUCCCUGGCCAGGGAAGCUUCCUCCUGAGGCAGUAGUGGGUGCUGGACUUGCAGGCUCCCAAAGCCCAGCUGUGCGCCUGGGGCUGGCUCCAGGGCCGUGUUGCUGCCACACGGUGUGGCCCUGGCCUGAGCCCCUUCUGGCCUUACCUUCUCCAAGCACUCAAGAAGGCUGGGGGGCUCCAAGACUGUGAGAGCCCCUUAGGCGAGCUCCUCCGUGCAUGAUGUGGGGACAGAUGGGGUCUCAGGUGGCAGGGGACACAGGCAAACGCCCCCAUGGAGCGUUCGACAUGGAGAUUCACAGGAGUCAGAGAGGGAGCAUCUCUUGAUCUGUACCUCUUUAUCCAUCCCUUCUCUGUCCCUCAUUAAAAUCACAGUUCCU